AACGCGCUCUCCAGCCUAAUAUCUUUACAAUUACAGAGCAAUCUCAUUGUUUCCUUUUUGUCAUUUUAGGGUUGGCAAGAUUGGUUUCAUCAUCCAAAAGAACAUGCAAGUGGGUUAUACAAUUGUCCUCUACCUCACAAAUGGGGGAUGUCUUUCACUCUCUUUUUAAGUCUUGUAUGGUGAAUGCGUGAAGCAUAGCACAAUAAGCCAAUGCAAGUAGCCAAAAAGGAAAAGCAAUCACACAGAGAGCACUCAUAUAUGGCCAUGGCCUACCCAAAAUUGUGUAAUGUCCUCUCCUUCUACCUUGCAACCAUCAUAGCCAUUUCUCAAUUCUUGAUUUCCAUUUUACCUUAUUUGAAUCCAAUCACACUCCUAAUCACACUUGCAGAUGCACUUUUAUCUCUAUACUUGAGAUCAUGUGGUCUUUGUCCCUGCACAGUUGAAUUAGAUGACCAAACCACAAUGAACUUUUGGGUUGCAAAUUCUAGGAGGUCCAAUAAGCCUGCUCUUGUAAUGCUUCAUGGGUAUGGUGGCAAUUCAAAGUGGCAAUUCAUCCAUCAAGUGGGUUCACUUUCUCAAAGUUUCAAUCUGUACAUACCUGAUCUAUUGUUCUUUGGCAAAUCCUACACCAACAGGCCAGAAAGGACAGAGGUUUUCCAAGCAAAAUGUGUGGCAGAAGGGUUGAAGAGAUUAGGGGCGGAGAGAUUUGCUGUUUACUCUGUAAGUUAUGGAGGGUAUGUGGCAUAUUGGAUGGCUGAGAUGUAUCCAGAGUUGGUGGAGAAAGUUGUGGUUGUGAGUUGUGGGGUUGGGAUGACAGAGGAGCAGAAAAGAGAGCAGAUCAAUAAGGUUGGAAGCAAUGCAUUGAAUCUCCUUGUACCUGAAAGUGCUCAUGAUCUGAGGCUCUUGGUGAAUCUGACAGUGCACAAACCUGGCCCUUCUAAGUGGGUCCCUGAUAUUUUCCUUCAUGGGUUCAUCAAUGUGACCUAUAAACAACACAGGAAGGAGAAAUUAGAGCUGGCAGAGCACUUGCUGAGGAAAAAAACAGAUAUAGACCUUCCCAUUCUAACUCAGGAAACACUGAUAAUUUGGGGAGACAAGGAUGAUGUCUUCCCUGUGUACUUGGCCUAUCAGCUGCAAAGGCAGUUGGGGCCAAAAUCAAAGGUGGAGAUAAUCAAGGACACAGGUCAUGCAGUAAAUAUGGAUUCACCCAUUUCCCUGAAUGCUCUGAUAACUUCAUUCGUUUUGGGUUACUCUUAGUGUGACAGACUUGCAUUAUCAAAUAUAUUGAAUGAUGUAUUAGUUUUGGGUUAAACAGAGACUGCUGCUGGCUGCAGAUGGAGCACAAAAUGUAUAUAUAAGUAGGAUAUUUUCAUGUUAUUGUUGAAGUUGGAAUGAAACACAGAAACAGGGUUAUGCUUGCUUAUGGGUCAUCUUUUGAUUAAUUUAUGCAGCUACAGCUGUGAGAUGGCCUAACUUUUGCAAGCAGGCAUGCCUUGAAUCUUGAUGUAACUUUUGUUUAUC